GGCAGCGUGGGCUGCGGUGCCUGAGAACUGGGGAUGGCGGCGGUGGCUGCGCGCGCGGGUGGGCUGCUGUGGCUCCGGGCUGCGGGAGCAGAGCGGCGGCGGUGCGGACUGCGCUGCGCUGCGCUGGUGCAAGGCUUCCUGCAACCCGGGGGCGAGGACACGGCCCAGAAGCGGCGGGUGGCCCACUUCACUUUCCAUCCGGACCCAGAGUCCCUGCAGUAUGGGCAAACUCAGAAGAUGAACCUCUUCCAGUCAAUAACAAGUGCCCUGGAUAACUCAUUAGCCAAAGACCCCACUGCAGUAAUAUUUGGUGAAGAUGUUGCCUUUGGUGGAGUCUUCCGAUGCACUGUUGGUUUACGAGACAAAUACGGAAAAGAUAGAGUGUUUAACACCCCGUUGUGUGAACAAGGAAUAGUUGGAUUUGGCAUUGGAAUCGCGGUCACCGGUGCUACAGCUAUUGCGGAAAUCCAGUUUGCCGACUAUAUUUUCCCUGCCUUUGAUCAGAUUGUCAACGAAGCUGCCAAGUAUCGCUACCGCUCAGGUGAUCUUUUCAACUGUGGGAGCCUCACCAUCCGGGCCCCGUGGGGUUGUGUGGGCCAUGGGGCUCUCUACCAUUCUCAGAGUCCUGAAGCCUUUUUUGCCCAUUGCCCAGGGAUCAAGGUGGUAAUACCCCGAAGCCCUUUCCAGGCCAAGGGACUUCUGUUGUCAUGCAUAGAAGAUAAAAAUCCAUGUAUAUUUUUUGAACCUAAAAUACUUUACCGGGCAGCAGUGGAACAGGUCCCAGUAGAACCCUACAAGAUCCCCUUGUCUCAGGCUGAAGUCAUCCAGGAGGGCAGCGAUGUGACUCUGGUUGCCUGGGGCACUCAGGUUCAUGUCAUCCGGGAGGUGGCUUCCAUGGCCCAAGAAAAGCUUGGAGUAUCUUGUGAAGUCAUCGAUCUGCGGACAAUUGUGCCUUGGGAUGUGGAUACAGUUUGCAAGUCUGUGAUCAAAACCGGGCGACUGUUGAUCAGCCACGAGGCUCCCUUAACAGGCGGCUUUGCCUCUGAGAUCAGCUCCACGGUCCAGGAAGAAUGUUUCUUGAACCUAGAGGCUCCAAUAUCUCGAGUUUGCGGAUAUGACACCCCGUUUCCUCACAUCUUUGAGCCCUUUUAUAUCCCAGACAAAUGGAAGUGCUACGAUGCCCUUCGCAAGAUGAUCAACUAUUGACGACAGAGAAAACCAGGAAGAUCAUGACCAGACAUGGAAAUAUUUUUCUGAAACCUUUUUAUAUUUCCUUAUACUUCUUUCUUCUUACAUAUAGUUUUAUGCAACGAACUGUCAUGGAUAUUGGCUGAUGAGCUGCGAAUUACUUAUCAUGUUAAUAUAAAUGGAUUGAGUGCACAGGAGGAAUGCUUUAAGGAGUGCGUGGGCGGUGAUCUUAAGACUGUUUCAUGACUAUAAAUACCGGGUGGUGUUGUAUUCAAUAAAGCCAAAUUACAUCGCCUCA